UACAAAACACGCUAGCAGCCGGCUCGCAGUUUAUUUAGUAGUUGACUCUCGUACUGUUAAUAUAAUACUUGUGUAAAAGUUGGCACAUUUAUUAUAUCCUAUUCGCGUGAUUGUGCUAUUGCGGAUGAUUUCGAGAGCAUUAUCACCAGAUAGAACUCUCGGCUAUUUUCAUUUUAUUAAUUUUAAUAGAAAAAUUUUUUAUUCUUUCAUUUCCGUCUUUUUAUCUUCUUCAAGUUAUUCGGAAUUUUUUUUAGUGGUAGUUUUUCUUUUAAAUUAAUAUUUAAUAUAAAGUAUUAGAAAAAGUGUUUGUUAAAAAAAUUUAUAUUGUGUAUUUUUAUUUAUUUUUACAAUUUAAGUUUUAUUUUUUAAUUAUUCGUAAUGGCAUCUCUUCGUAGUAUAACAGAUCGAUUAACAUGUCGGCAAGUAUUAAACAUAAUGGUGAUACUCGGGUUUAUGCUCAAUUAUAUGUUAAGAGUAAAUCUAACGAUUGCAAUAGUUGCAAUGGUAAUUCCAAGUAACACAUCACAUUCCAAUACAUCUUUUGUUAACCAUGAGUGUUCGGGAGCUUUACUUUCUACGGUCGUUAAUAAUUCUACAAUUAACACUAGAGAAGAUAUAGACAAUACAAAUAAUAUGACGGAUGAAACGGAGAGGGUACCCGAUGAAAGACCACAAACGAGGUAUGCUUGGGAUGAAUAUCAAGUGAAUUUUAUUUUGGGUGCAUUUUUUUGGGGAUAUAUAUGUACUGAAUUACCAGGAGGGCGUCUGGCUGAAGUUAUUGGUGCUAAAAGAGUUUUUGGAUACUCAAUGCUUAUUUCAAGUUUGGUCACUCUACUUACUCCAAUUUCUGCAACAUUUGGGUAUCAAUUUGUUGCUGGUCUUAGAGUUAUUUUGGGCUUUAUGUUGGGUGCAACUUGGCCAGCAAUACACCCAAUGACAUCCCUUUGGAUUCCACCAUCAGAGCGAAGCAAGUUCAUCUCAAAUAUGAUGGCUUCCUCACUUGGUGCUGCAAUUACUAUGCCAAUUUGUGGCUUUCUAAUAGCAUCUGUUGGCUGGGAAUCUGUUUUCUAUCUGACCGGUGGAAUAAGCAUAAUCUGGAGCAUCGCCUGGUUUACUCUUGUCUAUGAUUCUCCAGCAAAACAUCCUAGAAUUAGUAAUGAAGAGAGAAGAUUUAUUGAAGAAUCCAUUGGUACAACCUCUUCAAAGAAGGUACAUGCUGUUCCUUGGAGGUCUAUCUUCACAUCACUCCCUGUCUGGGCAAUUAUUAUUACUCAUGGUUGCAGUGUCUUUGGAUACUUUACUGUUGUAAAUCAGCUUCCAACAUAUUUUAAAUAUAUUUUAGACUUUAAUAUUAAAAAGAAUGGACUUUUAUCAUCAUUGCCUUACAUAGGAAAAUAUGUGUUUGCGCUGGCAACAUCGACACUAGCAGACUAUCUACGUCGUAAAGAAAAACUUUCAAUCACUAGCAUCCGCAAAACGUUUACAACAUUCGCUGUACUGGUACCAGGAUUAUUAAUGAUACUUCAAGCUAAUUUCGGCUGUGAUCGAGUGAUAUCUGUUGCAAUAUUUACAAUAGCAUUAACAAUAAACGGUGCCGUGACCGCUGGGUAUCUUGGCAAUGGACUUGAUAUUGCUCCUAAUUUCUCUGGUACUAUUUUCGGAUUAGCUAACACACUCAGUUCACUUGGUGGAUAUCUAAGUAGCUUUAUGGUUGGUAAAUUGACUUAUCAAAACCAAACAUACCAUCAAUGGUCUAUUGUUUUUUGGAUUUUAUCUGUUACUUAUAUUAUUGGUGCAAUAACUUUCGCUAUUUUUGGUACGGGUGAAUUGCAAAAGUGGAAUAGUCCUGAUAGUAGUAGUGUAACAGUGAAAAAAUUUGAUACCAAUGAUGCUAAAACUAACGACGAAGUUAUAUCUUUAAAUGACAAAUGAUUAUCAGAGACUGAAAUGCCAUUUUUUUAAAUCAUUUUUUUUUUUCUCCAUUUACAAAUGUAAAUACACAUGUAAUCAUAAUUUGAUGAUUUAAAAUUUAUGUAAAAAAUGACAAUGAAUUAUAAAUAAAUGAAUUUAAUUAAAAAAAAAAAAAAAA